AUGCAUCAACCUCUGUCACCUGGUGACGCAGACCUUGUCGACGCGCGUAAUCGCCUCCAAUCGCCGCUUCUCCGCCUACCCGGCGAGAUCAGGAACCGUAUCUACGCCCUCGCUUUCACCGUGCAGCAUGUUCAGAUUGUCCAACGUGUCUGGUCUAUCCCAACUUCCUUCAUGCAUCUUGUAUUUCCCGACGAUUGGAGAGGCAUAGAACGCAGCCCGGUUUACCCAUUGUCUGAGUUGAUCUCCAGUACAACGGUGUGUCGGCAAUUCUACGCAGAGAUUUCUCCCUUGAUCCCACGUCUGAACGAGUUCUGCUUUAUCAGUACUGAUCGCAGAUGCACGGAGCAUAUGCCGCAAAAGUUCCUGCAGGCUAUCGAGACGAUUAAGCUGAUCAAUUUUGUGCUUGAAACAUUGGAAGAAAUGCAGGAACUCGUCGACAUCACUCUGUCGAGGUUAGGUGGAUUCAGUAAGAUCGUUGUAAAGACUACAUUAGUCAACUUCGGAUAUUCACUCCACGAACGAGAAGUUCUUGAGAAGAUGUUUCUGGGAGUCCUGAGGAAGAGAGGGUUUGGAUGCUAG